UUUAAGGCGCGCGGUCUGGGUCGCCUGACUCCACCGCUGCCCUCCUGCUUCCUUGCCUUCACCUCGCCUCCAGCCCUGCCAGCAUGGGUCCCUGGCCCCGCUCUCAGCUCGCGGCUGCCCUGCUGCUUCUCUGUGGCAUUGGCACUGCGCACGGCGACACACCUGCCAACUGCACCUACCCUGACCUGCUGGGCACCUGGGUCUUCCAGGUGGGCCGCGGAGGUUCCCAGCGUGACGUCAACUGCUCGUCGGCGAUGGGACCACCAGAAAAAAAAGUAGUGGUGCACCUUAAGAAGUUGGACACAGCAUAUGAUGACUGGGGCAACUCUGGCCAUUUCACCAUCAUUUACAAUCAAGGCUUUGAGAUUGUGUUGAAUGACUACAAGUGGUUUGCCUUUUUUAAGUAUAAAGAAGAGGGCAUGAAGGUGACCAGUUACUGCCAUGAGACAAUGACUGGGUGGGUGCAUGAUGUGCUGGGCCGGAACUGGGCUUGUUUCACCGGAAGGAAGGUGGGAACUGCCUCUGAGAAUGGGAUCGUGAACACGGCACACCUUCAGAGUCUCAAGGAAAAGUAUUCCAAUAGGCUCUACAAAUAUAAUCAUGACUUUGUGAAAGCAAUCAAUGCCGUUCAGAAGUCUUGGACUGCAACCACAUACAUGGAAUAUGAGACUCUCACCCUGAGAGAGAUGAUUAGAAGAGGUGGUGGCCACAGCCGGAGAAUCCCCAGGCCCAAUCCCGCACCAGUAACUGCUGAAAUACGUGAGAAGGUUUUACAUUUGCCAACCUCUUGGGACUGGAGAAAUGUUCACGGUACCAAUUUUGUUAGCCCUGUUCGAAACCAAGCAUCUUGUGGAAGCUGCUACUCCUUUGCUUCUGUGGGUAUGCUGGAAGCAAGGAUACGUAUACUGACCAACAAUACGCAGACACCAAUCCUGAGUCCUCAGGAGGUUGUGUCAUGUAGCCAGUAUGCUCAAGGCUGUGACGGCGGCUUCCCAUACCUCAUUGCAGGAAAGUAUGCCCAAGAUUUUGGGCUGGUGGAAGAGGCGUGCUUCCCCUACACAGGCACCGAUUCUCCGUGCAUGCUGAAGGAGGACUGCUUUCGUUACUACACAUCCGAGUACCACUAUGUGGGAGGGUUCUAUGGGGGCUGCAAUGAAGCCCUGAUGAAGCUGGAGCUGGUCCAUAAUGGACCCAUGGCAGUUGCCUUUGAAGUCUAUAACGAUUUCCUCCACUACCAUGAGGGGAUAUACCACCACACUGGUCUGGCAGACCCUUUCAAUCCCUUUGAGCUGACUAAUCACGCUGUUCUGCUGGUGGGCUAUGGCACUGAUCCAGCCUCGGGGAUGGAUUACUGGAUUGUUAAAAACAGCUGGGGCACUAACUGGGGUGAGGAUGGCUACUUCCGGAUCCGCAGAGGAACUGAUGAGUGUGCAAUUGAAAGCAUAGCAGUGGCAGCCACACCAAUUCCCAAAUUGUAGGGUGCAUCUCCCAGUAUUUCAUGCUGACUUCCCUCAGUCAUGAAAGGGGAUGACUUAUCCACCUCCCGCUGGAGACUUUUACCGCAGCAAUUUCAGAAGAUUACAAAUAAAUUCCUAUGAAUCUUUUUGCCUUCAAAAUUAAAACUGCCCUUGAUUUUAAUAUACCUUCCCAUUAACCACUGGUCUAAUUUUUUCUAAGUACUCAAUUAAAUGAGGUUUUUAUAGAUGAGCUAUGCAGUAAUGGAUUUUUACUGAUCAUUUCUAAUCUAAACAUGGUAUAUAUUUUUUAAAAAAUCUAUAUGAAAAUCACAAGACAAGGUGGCAAUGAGUAAAUUUUUUUGUAAAUGAUAAGUGAUAUAUGUUAGGGAAUUUAUAUGUGGGCAUAAGAGAACUUCUACCAUUAGUUCCUUCAGAUACAUCCAGAUUCACUGUGUCACUUAUAUAAGUACUUUAUUUAUUUUUUCUACUGGACAUGGAACUUUAUUUUUAAACCUCACAGGCACAGAGGACCAAUGGCUGGACACAGGGAGGCCAGGGUGGGGCUUAUGCGCUCAGGCUCGGCAGUCCUGCUCCAAGGGGUGGACCUCCAGGCCAGCGGGCUGCAGCCCCUUGGUGCCACCCCACAGCGGGAGGACAGGCCGGCCCAGAACCUUUGACAGAUGAGGCUUUACGUUUCUGUAGGUUGUUUGGGAGCUUAACUUGUAGUUGUCCAGAAAUUAAAACCACUUGGAUUUUUUAAGUACCUGUGAGGUCAUCAGGUAAAUUAAACACUUUUGAAAAAUUCCUAUUCCUGACCCUUGCUAAUAAUAUCUGACAGACGCCAUCAAGAUUAAGUGUUAAGGUAUAAAAAUACUAUAUUUAUGUGUAUAUAAAAUGGCAACAAAACUAAACCACAUUUCUAAAGCAAGUGUACUGUGCCAGAGGACAUGGCAUAGUUUUAUGUUAAAUGCAUUUAUAAUCGUGGCAUCACCUCCCACUCUUCUCAAGGAAAAUAUUUUAAAUAACUUAAAUAAAAGUCAGGGGAUGAUGACUACUGUUUAGGAUUUUAAGAGGGUGGAACAUUCCAGUACUUUACCAGCAUGUCUAGUUGUGGUUUCGUGGGUGUCCUUCCCUGAAGUCAGCUCAUGGUAAAUUUGUUUGGUUUCAAAAGGAGCUUGGAUUUUGUAGAAGACAAAAAAGUGGUAACAGUAUUUGUAUCAAUUACAAAUAAGAAGAUGAAAACACAAAUGUCAUAACUCCACUGGAAAAGGGUUUCGGUGCCAUCACAAGAGACAAUACAGAAACCAAAGUGUGCAAAUGGAAGGGGCAGGAAAUUCACCCAGAACAUAUGAAAGCUUCUGAUAUAAGUUUAGCAUAUGCAAAAACUGAUGGGAAGAACUUCAGAAAGAGUCUUCAGUGUAAGUGAAGACCUCAUGGGGACACGCUCAGGAAUCGCAGCCCUCGGGCCCAUGGUGGUAUCACACAACCCCUGUCCUGUUUCCCUGAUCCCCGGCAUCUCCAGAGGCAGCACUGAGGCUCAAAAAGGGACCAGACCAAGAGGGGAAACGUCAGUUUAGGCCAAGUUUUCAAUAAUUAGCACUCACUACUCAAGGAAGGCAUCCUCCACGUUCUCACUGAGGACCGAGCUACUGGUGUUUGGUGUUUCACGUACCAGUGCGCCAGUGAAGCAUCUUCAGUUUUGGAUCAUGGCAGCAAUGGGAGUAACUGAGCCCUGGAGGCCUCAAGGCUGUACAGAUGAGUGACACAUGGGAAGUGCCAGGACAGCUUAAGUCUUUUGGGGACAGCAGUUCAGGGAAGCAGCAGCCAGCUGGAGCACCUGCUAGUGCAGAGACCUCCACAGUUGUACAAAGAUCUUCCUUCACAGUCGAACAUGUGCACCAGAAGCUCCUCCGUGUGCUGACUCACCCUGAUGUCCCUGCACCCAGGCCUGCCACGUUUCCCAUGUUGCAAGACUUCCAGACUUGGGCAGAAAUGGUGCCAAAAGGAAAGCUCCAGGUGAGCAGCUGAACCAGAACUGGGCAGGGGAGCCCAGAGCCUGUAUGGACCAUGGCUCUGGGCUCAGAGGAGGCUGUAGUCAGGGAAGGGGUACAGGCUUGCUGUCACUGGACUAACCCCACCUGAGGGCAGUUUCAGAGCUGUCUUACAGCUGAGAAACAUUGGGGCACACUGCUCUCCUUUCUCCCUACUUCCCUUGGGCCCUCUUCGGGUUCAAAUAAUAA